AUGAACCAACCCGGGUGCUCAAGUAGUCAUUAUGAGAUUGUCAAUUUGCCAGAGGUGAGCACGCACUACGAAGCCCUAUCAAAAUAGUUACACAGCUUUCAGUUCCUUCCAUCACCUUCACCAACCACCUCUACCGCUAACCUAUAUUCGCAAACCAAAGACUCGUCAACACUGAUGAAGUGCACACCGAAAAUCAUCGUUCCGAAAAAGGAAACUACAGAGCGUCAACAACGUCCGACGGAGUGCUCGAUAUGUGGAAAGGAUGCAAGCGGAUACCACUACGACGUGCCCUCGUGCAAUGGCUGCAAGACCUUCUUCAGAAGAUUGUGCAUUUCCGAGAAGAAUUUUGCCUGCAAAGCAAAAGGAGAUUGCUUUGAUUUGAGAAAACGAGGUGAGGAGUAUAGGAGCGCUGCUUCUAGAUAAACCUGCAAUUCAUUACAGCUCAACCGUUGAAGUGUCGAGCUUGUCGCUACCAGAAGUGCAUAACCGCCGGGAUGAAUCCGUUGGCGAUGGAGGUGGAUGCGAUGCAGGCGACCGCCGCAAACUUCAAGACACUUACCAAACGAGUCAAGGAGGAGGAGCCGGAUGACUAUAAUUACAAUAAAGGCACUCAGGACGAUACUACUGGAGUCGUAGCUCCAAAACAAGUGAAAACAAGUCUAGACUCUCCGGAGAUCCGCAUACAGAAGCUCAUUGACAUGCUCGGAUAUCUGGAGGGCAAACUUGAAAAGUUCCGGCUAUCCGCCUACAAUCCACCCUUCAGCGAGUUUCGAGGUCUCAAAUUCCUCAUAGAAACUUCGAGCAGAAUCUGUUUGGCUGACAAGUACGGUCCGAUGCCUGGCUGGCCAUUAAAACCCGAACAACUCGGACCACCGCCGCCGAGGCCACCCCGCGUGAUUGGAGGGCACGGACCACCUCCAUACCGUCCUGACAAGUUAGUUAGCCCUCGGCUACUGUAGCUAUAUUGAGAUUGUAUUCAGAAAGCAAUGGUUCGCGUACAAUUUGAUGACGACUGUCGAGUACGCAAAAACGUUUUCGUUUUUUCACAAAUUGAGUUCAAACGACAAGCUUUGUCUCGUCAAAUAUGUGGCUCUGGCGUGCGUGAACCUGCACUGUUCCUAUUCUGCGAUCGCCAAGAACUAUGAUACUUUGAUCAAUCCGGACGGAUCUCAACCACCGUUUGGAAGGUAAGUUGCGAUUUUCUUUUCUCACAACCACUAUACACUUUCAGCGAGGCUCAUUACAAGAACAUGGUCAUGUCCGUGGCUCCUCUCAUCCGUUAUGAAGUCCAACGAGUAGAGUACCUAUUGCUGAAAGCCAUUUGUCUUUGCAACCCAGGCACGCUUCUUAGACAAUGGUUCUUUGAAAAACCUGGCCAAUUUUAGCUGUUCCCGAGCUCUCCAAGCAUGCGCAGGACAUCAUCGCCGAGGAACGGAGCAAGUAUGCGGACGCGCUUUUUGAUCAUUGUCUCAAAAAUCGGAGAAAUGGACCCGCACACUUUGCACACCUCAUCGGUAUUAUGGACGUGUUGGAAAGACAACAGCGGAUGCAAAAAGAUCUUCAUCUUCUCCACAUUGCUCCCCUUCUGGCACGUGCCUCCAAAGAUUGGCUGAUACAAGUAAUUGAAGAUGUUAUGGAUUGCUAA